CUUUAUUAAGCCGGGGAAUAUUUCUAGCUUGAUUAUCAAUCCUUAGCUUCCGCCUUCAUAGAACCCAUAUAGCCCUUGGUGACCCCUCUGCUUUGAAAUCUGCCUAGUACCUACCUAUCCAAGAUCGAUGAAUAGCACUUGAGUGUCAACUACCUGUAAAAUAAAAAAGUCGUAAGCUUCUAUCCCAAGAUGUCGGAUAUUCAUCUGUACACCGCACAGACGCCCAAUGGCACCAAGAUCUCGAUUCUACUGGAGGAGUUGGGAUUGCCUUACAAGGUCACUGCUAUCGAACUUAGCAAGAACACCCAAAAAGAGCCGUGGUUCUUAGAGAUCAACCCGAACGGCCGUAUCCCCGCGCUGACGGACACCUUUACCGAUGGAAAGCCCAUCAGUCUGUUUGAAAGCGGCUCGAUCAUGCAGUACUUGACCGACCGAUAUGACACGGAGCACAAAGUGUCAUAUCCUAAGGGAUCUAGAGAGUACUAUGAAGUAAACAACUGGCUUAUGUGGCAAAUGGGAGGACUUGGUCCAAUGCAGGGGCAGUUGAAUCAUUUUAAUCGAUACGCCCCAGAGAAGAUUGAGUAUGGCAUCAAUCGUUACAAGAACGAGACUCGCCGUUUAUACCGGACUCUGGAGACACAGCUUAAGUCUUCAACAUCCGGCUAUUUAGUUGGUGAUCGCUGUACCAGCGCAGAUAUUGCGAGCUGGGGAUGGGUCGCAGCAGCCAAAUGGGCUGGAAUCGACAUUUCCGAAUUCCCGGAGCUAGGUAAAUGGGUCCAGCGAAUGCUCCAGCGACCUGGACUCGAGAAGGGCCGUCAUGUACCGUCGAAACAUAACUAUGAGGAUAUCCAGCAGCUUACAGAAGAGAAGAUCGAUGAGAGGGCUGCAGCGGCUAGGAAAUGGGUUCAAGAAGGAAUGAAGGCAGAUGCGAAGUAAUGACCGCAAUUCAUUAUGCUGAAUGCCCACAAAUCUACCUACUGUAGGAGACGUCGCUUACCUACAUGUACCCAGGUAGGCACCUAGUACCUAAUAAGUAAGUACCUAGUAUUAGCACAAUAGGUAGUCUCUCUCACUUCUGCAAGUAACCGGGAACAUAUUGCAUGUUUGCUUUUUAUCUGCCAAUUCCCGGAAUGGAGGUGACGGAUGUGCCCGUUACCUAUCACAUUAGCACCUCAACGUUGUUUUUCGGGAUGACGCAGGAGUUAUUUGGAGCUGAAAGGGGGCAAUUGAAUUGACACCUGUAUCUGCUUAUGUAAUAAUAGUUGAGGCCGGGGUUGUACAAAGAGCACAUGACUUACUGAGGUACGUACUUCAUUUGAUGAAGCGUACAGGUGGCUCAUGCGUCUCGUUUACUCCACUUCGUCCC